AUGGGUCCAGAGAAUGACACACAACUUUCAGAAUUCCUUCUGCUGGGAUUUUCAGAGGACCCAGAACUGCAGCCCCUCAUCUUUGGCCUUUUCCUCUCCAUGUACCUGGUCACUGUGCUGGGGAACCUGCUCAUCAUCCUGGUCACCAUCUCAGACUCCCACCUGCACACGCCCAUGUACUUCUUCCUCUCCAAUCUGUCCUUUUCUGACAUCUGCUUCACCUCCACCAUCAUCCCCAAGAUGCUGGUGAACAUCCAGACACAGAGCAAGGCCAUUACCUACGCAGGUUGCAUCACUCAGAUUUAUUUUUUUACAUUAUUUGUAGUGUUGGACAACUUCCUCCUGGCUGUGAUGGCCUAUGACCGCUUUGUGGCCAUCUGUCACCCCCUGAACUACACAGUUAUCAUGAACCCCCAUCUCUGUGGCUUGCUGGUGCUGGCAUCCUGGAUCAUGAGUGCCCUGAAUUCCUUAUUACAAAGCUUGAUGGUGUUGCGGUUGUCCUUUUGUUCAAACUUGGAAAUCCCCCACUUUUUCUGUGAAAUUAUCCAGGUGGUCCACCUUGCCUGCUCUGACACCUUUCUUAAUGAUCUGGUGAUGUACCUGGCAGCUGUGCUGCUGGCUGGCUGUGCCUUUGCCGGUAUCCUUUACUCUUACUCCAAGAUAGUGUCCUCCAUCCGUGCAAUCUCAUCAGCUCAGGGCAAGUACAGAGCCUUCUCCACCUGUGCAUCUCACCUCUCUGUGGUCUCCUUAUUCUAUGGCACAGGCCUUGGUGUGUAUCUUAGCUCUACUGUCACACAAAACUCACACUCCAAUGCAGCAGCAUCCGUGAUGUACAGUGUGGUCACCCCCAUGUUGAACCCCUUCAUCUACAGUUUGAGGAAUAAAGACAUCAAGAGCGCUCUGAUGAGACUCAUUGAAAGGGUGACAAUAAAAGGGACAUUUGGCCCAGGGCUGGACAAAUGCCCAUAG